ACAAAUGACAAAUAACAAUUCAUAUACCAAUACAGAACACUCUACAUGGAAUCCAAUAAUCCAUAUUGAUGAAUAUCGUAUUAUUGAUGAUCAACAAAUUCCAGAUUAUGAAAAUAUAUUCAUGGCAGCUUAUUUAAUUGGACAAGAAAAUUAUUCCAAUAAAUUAUCAUCUCAAUCAAACUAUGAAUUAUUAGAUACUACUAAUGAUAAUAGUAGUAAUAAUAAGGAUUCCUCUAAUGUGGAUACACUAAUUGGACAAUUUCAAUCCAAGUCUAAUAAUACUAAUGCCAAUAAUAAUAAUGAUAUUAGUGAUCAUGAUCAAUUAAUCAAUAAUAGUCAUUUGACCUUAGAAACCAUUUGGGAACGAUAUUUAUUACUUAAUAAUAUCCGUAAACGUUUAUUAUAUAAAAAACAAAAUAUGAUCAAUCAAGAUAAUAAUUUCAAUGAAUCAAAAUUAAUUUUAUAUCCAACAAAUAAAAUCAAUAAUAAUGAUCAUAAUAAUGAAACAUGGAAAAUUGAUUCAUUAAAGAAAUCUAAACAAUCAGAACUGAUAUUUAAUGAGUUAUCAUUGGAUAGAUAUACACAGAAAUGUGUUGAAGGGUUACAACGUAUUAAUUUAAAAUGUGAAAAACUUGAAUAUAUGAUGAAAUCAAUGAAAGAUACUCUUACCUUACAAAUGAAUGCUUAUCAGAACCAUAAAAAAAAACUUGACAAUGAAAUUAUGAAAAAAUGUAAAAAUUUCCCAGUGAAGGAGUUCGGAGAUAUUUCAAAAGAAAAUACAUUAUCUUCGGAUAUAACAAAGCGAUUCACAAAUUCAUUGAAAACAAUCAUGGGACGUAAACGAUAUUUUCAAAUUAUUAAAACUUCUCAUUUGGAGAAUCUUUACAAUCAAAUGAAUGUAAGCCAAUGUUUAGCUCAAACUACUUUCAAACAAUGGAAGAAGCUUAAAGAAGAAAAACAUAAAAUAGAACUACACUCAGAAUGUAUUCGUUUAAAUAAAGCUAAUAAAAUGCAUCAUAACUUAUGGAAAUAUGAUAUACCUGAUAUAUUGAAGAGAAUUGAACUUGACGUAAAUGACUUUGAGAAUGCUAUGAAAAAUAUUGAUAAAAGAUUAAAAAUUGAUAGUGGAAAUUUCAAAAUAACAGAUAUCCAUUCUUGGAAAUAAUGUGCAUAAAAUUGGUACACAGUCAUUGUGUUUGAAAAUAAGGAAAGCAAGAGAAUUAUUCAUAUUAAUCGGUGGAUUAGACAGAAAACAAUAUUUUCAACUAUCUUAUAUUUUUCAACCAAUUAUCAAACUAAACAGUGAUAGAGUAACCAAUGAUACAACCAUAAUUAAUAGGGAUCUAUAUUCAAUGGAUUCUUAUCAUAAACCAUUUGGACAUAUUGAAAUGAAAGAUUUAAUGGUCUUUUUUCAUGCUGCUAAUCUAUCACAAAUUCAUGUACAACAAUUAAUUACAUAUUUAGAUAAUAAAAACAAUGGUACCAUUGAUUUUGUUACAUUUUUAGAAUAUCUUCCUUUAUUUGUUGAAUCACAUCAACAUAUUAU